ACACGGCCCGCACCCUCACACACAGCGCGCGACGGGCGCGGGGCCGCUUCUCCGGACCGCCGCCCCCGCUGGUUCAUUAAUUUAUUAAUUAAUCGAUGGUUGUGUCUCCUCCCCGCCCCUGCUCCCCCCGCGCGGUGGGUGGUGGCGGCUGCGGGCCGGGAGCGCGGCGGGGCCGGGAUGUGGCGGCGGCUGCGGGCGCUGAGGGACUGCGGGCGGAGAUGGCAGCACCGCGCGGCCAUCCAGGUGACCAACGAGCCCAUCCUGGAGUUCAAGCCGGGGAGCCCCGAGCGAGUGGCGCUCCAGAAGGCCCUCGCUGACCUGAAGGGCAAGACCGAGGAGAUCCCGUGUGUCAUCGGGGGGGAGGAGGUGUGGACCCCCACGGUGAGGUACCAGCUCUCGCCCUUUAACCAUGCGCACAAGGUGGCCAAGUACUGCUAUGCCAACAAGGAGCUCAUUAACAAGGCCAUUAACGCUGCCCUGGCAGCCAGGAAGGAAUGGGACCUGAAGCCUGUGCAGGACCGGGCCCAGAUCUUCCUGAAGGCAGCUGACAUGCUGAGCGGCCCACGGCGAGCUGAAGUGCUGGCCAAGACCAUGGUCGGGCAGGCCAAGACCGUGAUCCAGGCGGAGAUCGACGCCGCCGCCGAGCUCAUCGACUUCUUCCGCUUCAACGCCAAGUACGCGCUGGAGCUGGAGCAGAGCCAGCCCCUGAGCGUGGACAUCAGCACCAACUCCAUGGUCUACCGGGGGCUGGAGGGCUUCGUGGCUGCCGUGUCCCCCUUCAACUUCACGGCCAUCGGCGGCAACCUGGCGGGGGCUCCGGCGCUGAUGGGGAACGUGGUGCUGUGGAAGCCCAGUGACACGGCCCUGCUCUCCAGCUACGCCGUCUACAAGAUCCUGCUGGAGGCGGGGCUGCCCCCCAACGUGGUGCAGUUCGUGCCCUCCGACGGCCCCGAGUUUGGGGACACUGUCACCAGCUCCGAGCACUUCUGUGGCCUCAACUUCACCGGCAGCGUGCCGACCUUCAGGAGGCUCUGGAAGCAGGUCUCGGAUAACCUGGAGCGCUACCGCAACUUCCCGCGCCUGGCCGGAGAGUGCGGAGGGAAGAACUUCCACGUGGUGCACAGCUCUGCGGACGUGGGCAGCGCCGUGAACGGGACCCUGCGCUCGGCCUUCGAGUUCGGCGGGCAGAAAUGCUCCGCCUGCUCCCGGCUCUACGCGCCCGCCUCGCUGUGGCCCCACAUCAAAGAGAAGCUGCUGGAGGAGCACGGGAAGAUCAAAGUGGGAGAUCCCACCCAGGACUUUGGGACUUUCUUCUCGGCCGUGAUCGAUGACAAGUCCUUUGCCAGGAUCAGGGGCUGGCUGCAGCACGCCCGGAGCUCCCCGAACCUGACGGUGCUGGCGGGCGGCGGCUGCGACGACAGCGUGGGGUACUUCGUGGAGCCCUGCAUCGUGGAGAGCAGGGACCCCCGGGACCCCAUCAUGAGAGAGGAGAUCUUCGGGCCCAUCCUGACGGUGUUCGUGUACCCCGAGGGUCGCUACCGGGACGUGCUGGAGCUCAUCGACACCAGCACCCCCUACGGCCUCACGGGGGCGAUCUUCGCCCAGGAUAAGGCUGUCAUCGAGGAGUCCCUGAGGCUGCUGCGCCACGCCGCCGGCAACUUCUACAUCAACGACAAAUCCACGGGGGCCGUGGUGGCCCAGCAGCCCUUCGGGGGCUCCCGCAUCUCAGGCACCAAUGACAAGCCUGGUGGUCCCCACUACCUGCUGCGCUGGACGUCCCCGCAGGCCAUCAAGGAGACCCACGUGCCCCUGGGGGACUGGCGCUACGCCUACAUGCAGUGACCCUGGGGACAGCCAGCCCGGGGACACUGCCACCCACAGCACUAACACUACUGACCCCUCACCCCCUCCCGGGAGUCAUUUAAAAAAAAAAGAAAGAAAAAAAAAAAGCGUUGUUAAAUGGUAAAGCUGGAGCUCCUCGUGGUGUCCUCGGUCGUGUGGCACUUGGGGACACGAUGGUGAGUGUGGCAGUGGUUGGACUUGAUGGCUUUAAAGGUCUUUUCCAACCUGAGUGAUUCUGUGUGUGCAUGCUUAAUUAGGUCAGUCAUUAAUGAAGGGGGGGCUGCAGAGGCACAGCUGGACCCGGCUCCCUUUUCCUCUGGCUCUCCCACCCCCAGAGGUUCCCUCUCCCCGGGGCUGGGAUCUGUCCCUGUCCCCUGCACCAAGCCCCGUCCCUCCCUGUCCCCAGCAGCCCAAAUCCCGGGUGUGCAGGGCAGCCAGGCUGGUUCUGUCCCCUGGGCUGGGCUUUGUCCCCAGCCUGAGCCCCUCAGCGGGCUGGGCAGGAGCCUGGAGCCAGGAGGGGGGGACAGCUCUGGAGGGGGCAGCCCUGGAGGGGACAGCUCUGGAGGGGACAGCUCUGGAGGGGGCAGCCCUGGAGGGGACAGCUCUGGAGGGGACAGCUCUGGUGCUGCCUGGAAUGAGCCCCAGUGCCUUAUCCCAUUCCCAGCCCCAUCCCAGCCCCCCUGGCUCUCCCAGCUGGGUGGGGCUGGGCCGGGGCAGCAGCAGCCCCCCCUUUGUGCCCUGGCUUUGCCUCUGGGGCCCAGGCCAGGCUGGCCCUGCUGCUGCCACCCCUGUGUGCCCUGGCAGGGCUGGGAGAGCUGCUGGGACCUGGGGCAUCAGGGAAUGUCCUGCUCCAGCUGCUGGGGGGACCCUCCCUGCCCCCCCUGCGAGGGGUAGGGGCUGCAGGAGCUGCAGGGGUUGUGGGGGCUGCAGGGGCUGCAGGGGUUGUGGGAGCUGCAGGGGCUGCAGCCCUCCCACCCUGGGAGCCGCUGUCCCACCCGAGCCCAGCCCCAGAGCUCUGCCAGCUGCCAAGACCAGGCCUUAAACCAGGAGUUAAAUCAAGCAUUAAACCAGGAAAUAAAUCAGGCCUUAAACCAGGAAAUAAAACAGGCCUUAAACCAGGAGUUAAAAUUAAACCAGGCCUUAAACCAGGAGAUAAACCAGGUGUUAAGCCAGGACUUAAAAUUAAACCAGGAGAUAGACUAAUAGAGAAACCAGGAGUUAAAAUUAAACCAGGCCUUAAAUGAGGAGUUAAACCAGGCCUGACCUGGGCUCUCCCCCAGGCAGGGCUCGGGGUGGGAGCUGCAGUGUGAACAGAAGGGAUCUGGAGCACACGGCCCUGCUCCUCCAGCUCAGCUCUAAUCACUGAUGGGUUUGUUUUAACCCCUAGGAUUAAUUACUGCUCAAUUAACAGCGUUUGCAGGGCUGCAGCCCUGGCAGGUGAGCCCGGGGUGUGGGGGGCAGUGGUGGCACUGCCCCGUGCGGGGCAGGCAGGAGUGGCUGCAGCUCCUCUGCAUCCUGGCUCAGCUGGAAAAACGUGCAAUAAAUUAAUUUUCAAGCCUC